AUGGCCUCUGUCACUCUGAACGGAAAACGACGUCGCAUCGAAGAUGCCGCUUCUUCACUCUCGAAGCCGUUCAAGUCACCUCUCCGCAAGCCAGUGCAGGGCAUCGUGGACAAGGAAAAGGCAUCAAGCGAUUCUUUCAUCAAGACCGAAGCUGAAGGACAACUUGUAGAUGGAAAAAAUGCACAGGAACAUCUUACACCGUCGACUCCCAUCUCUUCUAAACCAACUCGUCUCGCAAGCUCAUCACCCGCUUCGCCAUUUCCAAGUUUGCAAAAUCAAAAGCGGAAACCUACUACAAAUCAGAUAACUCCAUCGAAGAAGAGCAUAUUAGCGGAUCCUGUCAUCUCGGAGCUUCAAAAGGAACAAAGAGCUCUACAAUGCAGACUGUCUGCUCUCCGCUCUGAACUCGAUACCGUGCAGCAAGCCCUGCGAAUUGAAUCAUCGACGAAAGAUGCCGAGCUCGAGGCUCUGAUCCUCAAAUGGAAGACUGUAAGUCAGGAAGCUGCUGAAGAGGUUUUCGAAGGUGCUCGAGAGCGGGUCUCUCGGAUGGGGGGUAUGAAGGCUUGGAGAGAGCGGAUGCAGAGUGACAGCGCCAGGUGGGAACAGGAGGAAAUGAAUUCGUGGUAUGGCAAUGCCGAAGCGGAAGGGUUUGAAGCGGAUGAAGGGGAACUGGAGCAGCGGAAAGCUGAGCUCUUUGAUGAAGUUGAGAUGCCCCGAAAGGAACAGGAGGUGGGUGCUGGGAAGGAGACACCUGAAGAUGAGGAAUUUACGAUGGACAUUAUGCUGAAGACGCUGAAUAUCGACAUGAAGGUGGAUUCUUUGCCAUCGGAAUAUCUCCAAGAGACAGUGACGACAUGUAUUGCGGGAACAUCGACAAUAAAAAGCGCUUUGUCGGCAUCGGGUGAGAUUUCGACGGAUCGGUUUACUCUCCAUGUCACAAGCCCUCAAAUCGCCAUUGCGCAGUCGACCGAUUCUCAGCCUAUGGCCUCAAGGCUAGAAGGCCCUCUCAUAUCGAGACUAGCUUACGAAGCCUAUCCAGAUCAAACGGAAAUUCAAGGUUUCUCCCAGCCCGAUAUUGGUGCUCUGCCUGCCCUUGCCUCUGUUGUUGGCUGCCCUGGCUGGCUCGAGGAAGUCUAUGCUGAUCUCUAUUUCUCGAUCACACAUUGGGUCUGGCCCUUUCUGGACCAGAAUUCCUGGAAGAGCUGGCAACACGAAUGGAGCCUCGAUAAGAACAGGAAUCAAUGGAAGGGAUUCUUCGUCCACAUGGUUUACGCCGUGGGAGCCUUGUCAUGCAACCAUUUCCAAUUCAACGAGGGCCACUUCGAGCGCGCAGCAGAGCUCAAUACCAUCGCAUUGUCUUACUAUCCCUAUGUGAUGGAGCAUUCGUCAACCAUACUCCAGAUACAAGCCUCGGUGCUUAUGAUACUGUAUGCGCUUCAUUGUCCAUCAGCGGAGGAAAUAUCGACGACAGUUUCCUCCAUAAUUCCUUUUUGCACUGCGACGAUAGCGGAAAUCCGCAGACAUACGUUUGUGGAUAAAAGCGGUAACGAUUUGGGAGUGUCAACAUGUACGGGUGAAUUCUUCACCGAGUCUCUUUUCAUUACUUGCUACAUGUUGAACGAGAUAAUCGUGUCUGGAUGGGAUAGACCAGUCUCUGCAGCUUACAAGGCGAUUGAUGACGAUAUGCUCACAAUCAGCAACGGUGUCCCGUCGUCUUCGACCUCAAACACUGCGCUGAGCCACCUCUUCCGGCUGCGUAAGAUCCAGGCCAACAUCCGACGUUACCUGGAAGACGAAUCUGAACAGACCAAAUCCGGUGAGGUGCCGCGAGAUGAUUUAUUGAAAAAAGCAUUGGACACCUGGAGGAAGGACAUACCCCGAUAUGGACUGGAGGGAGGCCCCUGUACCUACCUUCAUCCUCUCUGGAUGGCAAAUCUCUACGAUUAUAGCAUUAUCAUCCUAAUGCAAGAAAAGAGGGAUCGUCUCAAGUGCAAGGACAUCGAGGACGUUCUCUGCGCGAUCGUUGAGGUCUGCCUCAAUUUCAGACAACUGCAGGAGGACGGGCAGGUGAUGUGCUAUACUUGGUCUGCACUUGUGUUUCAAUUUCGAGCCGGGGUCAUGCUUCUUUACCUGUUCUGGGUGACAGUGCGGGAAGAGAGAUUCAUACGGCAGGCACUGGAGGCGCUGGAAGCUUGCCUGAAAACCAUAGCACACUUUGCAGACCGCUGGAAAGAUGCAGUACCCUAUAAAACGGCACUGUAUUUUCUCAUUGAGAGGGCCAAUUGGAUAUCAAAGGAGUUUGUACAGCGGCAGGGAAUCGGUUGUAGCGUGCAGGAGAUGGAAAGAUGCUGGGUACAGCUUAAAAAACAAUACUUGCACAAGGCAGUUCUGGGAAUGAUUGAAGACAUGAUAUACAAAGACAGCUUUGGAUAA